GUCACUUUAAGUAGAACGACAACAUGGCCCUCGCAAGAAAACUUGGGAAGAUCAACUACAAGAGCUCCGUGCUCUUCUUAUGUGACAUGCAGGAAAAGUUCCGCGGAAACAUUCAGUAUUAUCCCCAGAUUCUCAACGUGGCCAACAGGAUGCUCCAGGGGGCUCAUGCUUUGGAUAUGCCAGUGAUAGUUACAGAACAAUAUCCCAAAGGUCUCGGCCCUACAGUGUCAGAACUCGAUGUAAGUCAGCUGAAGGUUUACCCUAAGACACAGUUUUCCAUGUUGAUACCUGAUGUGGUAGAUCGGCUAUCAUCUAUGAAAGAGGUGAAGUCGGUGGUGCUGUGUGGUAUUGAGACACAAGUAUGUAUACAGAAUACAGUUCUAGACCUCCUGGAGAAAAACUAUGAUGUCCAUGUGAUUGCAGACGCUUGUUCAUCUCGAUCUAUGGUGGACAGGAUGUUUGCAUUCCAGAGGAUGAAGGAGGCUGGAGCUUUCCUCACUACAAGUGAAUGCAUGUUACUUUCUCUGUGUAAUGAUGCGGCACAUCCAAAGUUCAAACCAAUUCAGAAAUUGAUCUGGGAGAUGGCACCAGACAGUGGCCUCCUUAAUACAUCAAUCAAAGGCGAGACUGCUGUGUAGGGACUUUCAAUCCGAGGCAAAAGGCAUAUGUCUAUUUUUGUAAUUUUUUAAUUGUUAUCCAAAAUUGUUGAUAAUUACAUCUAUUAAUUAGGUUAAAUUAGGCACCUUAAUUAAUUAUAGCAGUGUUUAUACAAGGAUUGAUGUGAAAAUUGUGUAUAAGAUUAUUAUGUCCGACUUUACGCAGCAGUUAACAGUAUUACAAUUUGGUUAAUAGGACAAGGAGGUUGAUGAAAUAUGAAUAGCUUUAUCAUUGAAUCAUUUUCUCAUUUUGCCAACCAAAAUUAUUAUACAAUAAUGCUGAUAUUUCAUUUUUGAGAAGUGUUUUGAUUUAAAUCAUUUAUAUAAUGAGGAAGUUGGAUAAGAAUGAUGUUUCUGAUGGUUUGCUCCCAGAUGUAGUAGGUAUAUUAGUGUGUACUGAUGGUGUGUACAGCACACACAGGUACAGUAUGUGAUUACAAUCCCUUCAAGCUGUACAACAAACAUGCAAUGAUCAUGUCUACUUUUAGGAGUAAUCCAAACACUUAAAUGAAUUAACAAAUUAUAUUAUUAAAAUUACAAGACAUAUAAAGGGAUUUUUUAAAUACUGUAUUGUUUUUUUAUAUACUUUAUCAAAAAUGUAUUAGAAUAUAGAUAUUUUUUAUUUGUGUAUUUGAUUACUUUUUGUAUAAUAUAAUGUUGAGGUGAAUCAGUUAUGGUCCCAUCACUAUUAUAGUUUAUGUAGGUGAAGACUUCGUAGAACAAUAGACAUGCUGUAUAGCACUGUGGUGUAGCACUGCUAAGUGUGGUGUAGCACUGCUAGGUGUGGUGUAGCACUGCACUGCUAAGUGUGGUGUAGCAUUGCUAGGUGUGGUGUAGCACUGCUAAAUGUGGUGUAAUGUAGCACUCCUAAGUGUGGUGUAACACUGCUAAGUGUGGUGUAGCACUGCUGAGUGUGGUGUAUCACUGCUAAGUGUGGUGUAGCACUACAAGGUGUGGUGUAGCACUGCUACAUGUAAGUGUGGUGUAACACUGCUAAGUGUGAUGUAGCACUGUUGAGUGUGGUGUAGCACUGCUGAGUGUGGUGUAGCACUGCUACAUGUAAGUGUGGUGUAACACUGCUAAGUGUGGUGUAGCACUGUUGAGUGUGGUGUUACACUGCUAAGUGUGGUGUAACACUGCUUAGUGUGGUGUAGCACUGCUAAGUGUGGUGUAGCACUGUUGAGUGUGGUGUAGCACUGCUGAGUGUGGUGUAACACUGCUAAGUGUGGUGUAACACUGCUUAGUGUGGUGUAGCACUGCUAAGUGUGGUGUAGCACUGUUGAGUGUGGUGUAGCACUGCUGAGUGUGGUGUAACACUGCUAAGUGCUAACAGAAAUCAAAGGUAUAAUUUAGAACCUAGUAAGCCAGCCUGGAAGUCCCCAAAGCCUUAAUGUCCUCACUGUACAUAUAGUAUCUCUAUUUAGCACAAAAAUAAUAUAAUUUGUAUCAGUAAGGAAUCAGUCAAUUAUAUUCUAUGUAGUCUAAGCUGUCAUAGUGGUAUGUUGUCAGUUCCUAUGUCUGUUUUCUUGAUGAUAAAAGAAUAAAGAUAAUUUUGC